UGGGACAAUAUGGGACAAUAUGAUUCUGGUGGAAUCGGCGCCGGUUUUGGAGCAUUCGGAUUGAACAUGGUGCGUGGUGCAUUUAAGGGUUUCUGCUUUUUGGGAAGCAGCGGCUUCUAUCCAUCUGGCCGAGGCGGCCCUGUGUUAGUUGUGCGGGGCAUCUGAAAGCGUUCGUCACGGGAGAAUUCGUGUGGAGUUUGGCGGAGCGUUGUUCGUGCAAUUUUCAACAGGGAAAACUUGUGUGGUGUGUAAACAGUAAUUCUCACCGCUGCGGUUUAGGGGUCGUCACGGGCGACGCGAUUUCCUGGCAAUCGUGCGUAAAUCAGCGAAAUGGAAAAUAUUCAAGUGGGCAGUAUUUUUCAUGGCAAAUCUGAAUUUUCCACCGGCCUUAAGUGAUUUCAAUUGCACUGUGCGCUAGCUUGAAGCAGUGGGUGAUGUAUGUGCACUAUCGUCCUUAAUGUGCUUUCAGUAAAAUAAAUCGCUUGCCAAGCUGUUCGAUCCACUCGAGCCCGAGUAGAGUCCGGUGCAGUCGUUGCCUCGGCUGGAAUCGCGAAAGAGGAUCCUAUGACGCGCGGAUAGGCGCUUACCCGCAAAUACCAAGCAAUACUCGUAGCUAACAGUCUCGGGGCGCACCACAGGCACCUGAGGACGUCCGUUUCUGACAUGACGGAACAGGUGGGAAAAAGUAUCUGAAUUCGGCAGGAAGCAUGUUAAUUGUUCCCAGAAUUGGUUUUCUUCCCGUUUGCCAAUUGCGUGACAGUGGACAGUGCAGUUUAGUGAAAAUUUAAAAUUUUGCAGUUGCAUCUUGCCACUUGCCUUCCAGUAACGCGCUGCGGGGAGGCUUUCUUGUGUGGUAAUGUAAACGCGAUAAGAAAACCUGGAAAAGCCUGGAUAAAUGUUUACUUCUGUAGUGAGUAAGUGCUGCAUGGAUCCUACAGUUGUCGUUUCUGUUCUAGUUUAUUUACAAAAAGCGGCAUAGUAUUGGUGCUACGGCGUAAUGGGCUUGCUGCUCUGGUGAGGAUAAAAUAAAUGUUUACAGUGCCCCCUUUGUUUGCAAGUGUAUUAGUGAAUUAGAAUUCCGGAAAACCCUUUUGAAAACAAUGUCAAAUGAGUAAAUGAAAUAAUAUUCCCUUCGAGUAGGCUGCAAGGCUCCCGAUGAAACCGCUUCAACGGUUGGAGCUUGUGUAAGCGAAUAGUGAACUCGGCCCAAUCCACUGGAUAUACAUUAUAUGCAUUCGGAAGUGCUCUGGAGCAGAAUGACAAAUUCACAUAACAUCUGAAUCGUAUUAGCAAAGAAGGAAGCAAUAUGAAGUUUCUGUUCCUCAAACAGAAAGGUGCUCAAAACAUUUCUUAUAUAUAGCGCGACAAAAUAGACACACUAAUGCUACUUUUGCGCUAAUCGGAAGCUGGUCCCAACGAUGAUUGCUCCUCUGGCAUGAAAUAAAUGCGCACACCGUUCAACUAUAUCGAAGGCUUAUAACCGACAUUUCAUGAUGAUAGGCAGCAUGUUUAAAUACAAAUUUUUGGAGAUAUUUGCAAAUUGAACAAAAAAAAUGCAGCCCACCGACAGCAACCACCAUAUUUUCGCCACUCAAUUCCUGCAUUGUAAAAAUCACAAUAGUUUGGUUCACAACCACAGCAAUCGUGCUCAUACAGCCGAGAUAAUUACGUCUGUUCCGAAGUCGAAAAUCUUCAAAAUUGGCUUCGCUUAGUCGCUUCAUCGUCGAUAGAACUUCACCAUUGCCUUUCAUCAUACCAUCUCUUCAUUUCCCUCCUCCGCAUCAUCAUCAUCUUCCACAUCUUCGCGAUCGCAUUUCUUGCAGAAAUUCAUCAAACGGAAAAAACACAAACAGAAUCUGGGAGGCACAGUGUUUCGGUGUUGUCUACCUUGUCGCGGGGGCUCCGCGGCCCCCGCAACAAGCCCCCCUAACUCACCGGUUCCAUCCGAUGAACUAAAUAAUAUUGUCAACGAGACCCUAACCGCAAACGUGGUGCAGACAAGUACGACAAUCGGAACAACAACGGGCCUCGAUGCGUCCUCGCCAACGUCAACACAAUCAGACCCUAGCCACGAAGAUUUCCCCGCUACGAUCGCAGCCCAGUCGGCUGCAGCAACCAUUUCAUCGACCCCUGCAACAUCAACUCCACCUACAAAUCGUUUAUGUCCAACUCAAACAUCGCCCCUCCCACAUAUUGAAGAGGAGGAAGAACUCGACUCUUAUCAUCCCAAUCAGCUGCCAGUAGAAUCAUCGUCAAAAAUAGUGCCAUCGAAAUUUGGUGACGAGUAUUCAAAUUCACCUUCACCGCGACACAAACCUAAGAACCGUAAAAUUAAAAUUUGGAGCAGAUCUUCUAAUUCGACAGGGGCAGCUCAGCCCGUAGGAUUAACUGGUACCGUACCAGCUGUGUCCAGCGAAACUGCAUCCUCUAGUGGGGGUAGUGUGGUGAGUGCUUGUGCUGGUGGCAGUAGUGGUGGUGGUAGUGGAAAUCUAGCAAACCCAAGUGCGAGUAGCUCAGCUGGAGCAAUCAGUUCAUCAGGUCUUCACAGUGGACUCCUUUUACCGAAGAUGCAGGCGGAACAAGGAUCUAUUGGCGAUUUGCAGAAGUACCAUAGCCGGUACUUAAAGAAUAGGCGCCACACCUUGGCGAACGUUCGUUUUGACGUUGAAAAUGGUCAGGGGGCACGCUCACCGCUCGAGGGCGGCUCGCCCAGCGCUGGUUUGGUUCUACAAAAUCUUCCACAACGUCGGGAAUCAUUCCUGUACAGAUCCGAUUCGGACUUUGAAAUGUCACCGAAAUCUAUGUCUAGGAACUCAAGUAUCGCGAGUGAAAGUUGUCAACCUUUCAGGUUUAAAGAGCAAGAGCCGUCGGUCCUGAUUGACAGAUCUCAUGGAGAAGACUUGAUUGUUACACCGUUCGCCCAGAUUCUUGCCAGUUUACGAUCAGUACGGAAUAACUUGAUUAGUUUGACGAAUGUCCAAGCGACAAACAAAUCCAGGCGAUCAACGUCAACAUCGAGCAAUACCCGCAAUGUCGUUCCCGGCGAUGAGGCCUACGUUCGACUAGCCAUGGACACCGUGGAGGAAUUGGAUUGGUGCUUGGAUCAGCUGGAGACUAUCCAAACGCACAGGAGUGUGUCAGAUAUGGCGUCGCUUAAGUUCAAACGAAUGUUGAAUAAGGAAUUAUCACACUUCAGUGAGUCGAGUAGGUCCGGCAAUCAGAUAUCGGAAUACAUUUGUUCAACCUUUCUGGAUAAGCAACAGGAAUUUGAUUUACCGUCACUUCGCAUUGAUGAGAAUGAGGCAACUUCAAAUUUGCCAGGAUAUCCCCGCAGUCGGUCACCUCGGCUGGGCGGUCCGCCAAUGUCACAAAUAUCAGGUGUUAAACGCCCGCUUUCCCACACGAAUUCGUUCACUGGAGAACGGCUGCCGACGUUCGGAGUUGAAACGCCAAACGAGAAUGACUUGGGGACCCUUCUGGGCGAAUUAGAUACAUGGGGAAUAGAUAUUUUUAAAAUUGGUGACUUGAGUUGUAAUCGGCCGCUAACAUGUGUCGCAUAUACAAUAUUUCAGAGUAGAGAAUUAUUGACCAGUCUUAUGAUACCACCGAAAACUUUUAUUAAUUUUAUGACUACUCUGGAGGAUCAUUAUGUUAAGGACAAUCCAUUUCAUAAUUCAUUGCAUGCAGCUGAUGUCACGCAGAGUACUAAUGUUCUAUUAAAUACUCCAGCACUGGAAGGUGUCUUCACUCCAUUAGAAAUAGGCGGUGCACUGUUUGCUGCUUGCAUACAUGAUGUCGAUCAUCCUGGCCUCACCAAUCAAUUUUUAGUUAAUUCAAGUUCCGAAUUAGCCUUAAUGUAUAAUGACGAAUCUGUGUUGGAAAAUCAUCAUUUAGCUGUUGCCUUUAAACUACUUCAAAAUCAAGGAUGUGAUAUAUUCGCUAAUAUGCAAAAAAAACAACGCCAAACUUUAAGGAAGAUGGUAAUUGAUAUUGUAUUGUCGACGGAUAUGUCAAAGCAUAUGAGUCUGUUGGCUGAUCUUAAGACUAUGGUAGAAACUAAGAAAGUAGCUGGGUCCGGCGUAUUACUCUUAGACAACUAUACAGAUCGCAUACAGGUUCUGGAGAAUUUAGUUCAUUGUGCUGAUUUAAGUAAUCCAACAAAACCGCUUCCACUGUAUAAACGCUGGGUUGCCCUACUUAUGGAAGAAUUUUUCCAGCAAGGUGAUAAGGAGCGAGAGUCCGGCAUGGAUAUUAGUCCAAUGUGUGAUCGGCACAAUGCAACCAUAGAGAAAUCUCAAGUAGGAUUUAUCGACUAUAUUGUGCAUCCAUUGUGGGAGACAUGGGCAGACUUAGUUCAUCCUGACGCACAAGAAAUCCUCGACACCCUCGAAGAGAAUAGAGACUAUUAUCAAAGCAUGAUACCGCCAUCACCGCCACCCACCGACGAAGGUGACGACAAAAUACGUUUCCAGGUGACUCUGGAAGAGUCUGAUAACGAAAAUGAGGAUGCCGAGGGAGAUAACUCGCAAGAAGCUGGAGGAGGCGACAGCAGGAAGCCGUCGAAAAUAUCUAGUAGAGGUAGCAAUUAUAGCAAACCGUCUGGAAGCCAAAAUACUGCACAUCACGCUGGAAUGUGACGGAGAGUCGUUGGUCUUUGUAAAAAACUUACCGAAAAAGCGCAAACAUUUUUGCUUAUAAGAUAAACUGUAAAUGAUGAAAUUAUAGUAUUCACAACUGGAAACAGUAAUACGAGCGAAUGCCCCUCGAAGGAAUAUCCGGCAAAACAAUUCUACUCCUUUUCGGUGAUGCAAAAACAUCAAUAUUAAGAAUUAAAAACAAAGCUAGAGAGAAAACGUGGAAUAUAAUUGUAGUUAAAUUAUUUUCUUUUAAUAUUAAGCAGGUUUUGUUGAUUUUUUCAACUUCCGUUUGACACACUUGAAACUUUCAAAACUGUAUGACUACCAAUGUUAAUUUUGAUUUCUCUUCUGCGAGGAGUUGACACGUUCUUUUUUGAUUUUUACCUUCUUUGACAAUGGAUUGAAUAGAACUCUGAAUUACAAUUAAGUUUAUUUGAAAUGCAAUCAACCAAAUAUAUUAACACAUAGUUUUAACAAUAGCUAAUUUGUAUGGUUGCCGAGCAUAGUGAUUUUGUUUGGAUAGAUGGAAUAACUCGUGGUUGUCGUUUGGGCUAAUUUACUUUGAGGGAGGUGUUGGUGUUUUUGUUGUCGUCCAGACUUUCAAGUGCAUGCUAACAAGUGUCGAUGUACAAUGUUUUCCUACUUUAGGGUACCAACUAUACUUCGCUGCUAUGUAAGCUAUGCAGUGGGGUUCGCAAGUCAAUUCAAUUUAAAUUAGAUUGGAUCGGUUUUCCAAUUUUGCAAUAAGCUAAACCAACUUCUGCAUUGAGAACUGAAUGCCACGGUUUGUGAAAACUUCCACCUAAAAAUUCCUUAUUUUCUCAAUGUUGAACAAUGCUGUCUUCUUCCCAGGAAAUUGGCUUUCAAUUCACUUCAAAGGAACUGUAUUAAGGAAAGGAAGGCUCCCGAAAUAUCAGUUUAAAUUCUCAUUUUGGUGGAUAGAGAUUAGCAAUGAGAAUGGUUUGAUAUACAGUUUCCCAUCCCCACAAACUAGCUCUUGGUAUUUAUAACUCGAAAAUGAGCUUGACGAUGAACAGCGAAGAGAGAUUUGUUAUUUUUAUCAACAAUUUCGACUUCAUAAUGAGCUAUGCGACCUAUAAUAAUUGCAUAAAAUGCAUUGAAAAGUGCUCAGCCGACGAUUUGAUUUAUUUCGCGUUUCCCUUUCAGGUUCCCAAGUUUCAGCGCCUGUAAUAUGAGUAGUGCACUAAUUGCUCUCUUGCAAUUUACACCUCCCACGAAGAAAGUUAGUCACAACGGCCGACAAGAUGAUCAAUUAAUGGCGUUUUUGAACGGAUAGUUUACCAUAAGAGAAACCUUGCAACAGAAACUUUAACACACCAAAAAUAAAACAUAGGAUAUUUGUAAUAUUCAAAUAAUUUCAAAUGUAUUCUAAAAAUCCUAUUAUAAGUACAGGGAUAGCGGCAAAUGAUUGGUACAAUAAUUCAUUCAUAGGAUAAUGGAAAUCAACACAAAUUCAGAGAAUUAUUUUCAACACCUUAUUAACUUUGAGUGUAGCUAGUCAUCAUCAAUGAAACAUUUUUCCAAAGACUUCUGAAUUUAUGUUGUCUCUUGACUCGUUUUAGGGGAAUUCCAAUUGAUAUAUUUGACUGAUAUCUGACUUCAUCUGUCUAUGGUCCUGUAUCGAAGAUUUUAGUUGAAUGUCCCGUCUUAACUUGUUUAUUAGAUAUGUAUAUUUCUAUGAAAGUGUUUCCCAAAAUUGUCGAAUAAUUCAGCAAAUCUGUAUAGAACAUCAUUACUUUUAUUUAACUCCACUGGUUUGGAUGUCACAAUCGUAACGUAUUUGACAAAAGUUUCGAAAGCAGAGCCACCAAUUUCUAAUAAAAACAGCUAGGUAGAUCUAUUCUAGAGAGAAAGAAUGUUAGAGUAUUAGAUCUAGCAACCGUAAUAUAAAAGCUAAGAAAAUGUACAGAAUAAAACCAGGAAGAAAAGAGAGUGAAAAUAGGGAAACAUUUUGAGCUUGACUCUAUAUGCCUUCUAGAAUUUCAGAAAAAUUAUUUCAUAAAACUAAAUUAGACUAAUAUUCUGAAUAAUUUAUAUUCUUGAUUUGAAUAUAUUCUAUUUAAUAUUGGAAAAACUUGCAUUUGGCGGAAGGUGAUUAGAGGCCAAAACAGAAGGUUUUCCAAUAUGGGUUUUAAAAAUGUUUAUCAAAUUCAUUAUUCAGACGUCUGAUUACAGAACUCGUCGCCGUUCUUAAUACACUUAUAUACAUACAUAUGUACAGAAUUUCAACCUAAGAGGAGCCCAUUGAACCUGUAUCUCUAGCCAAAAGUCAAAGCAUUUCGAAGCACUUUAGCUCCUCAUGACGAACUGUAGACUUGCAACUUCACCGCUUGUAACUGAAUUGGAAUACUUCAAUAAAGUUGAAGGCAAUAACAUAAUUUUUCGGUUUAAGCUACGUAUUACAUUAUGAUUUAUAUUUCGGGUGCAAAUCACAAUCGAAAAAAGCUUAAAACAUGAUUCAGCUAGAAACAAAUCAAUUUUAAAAGCGAUAUAUUUUUAUUCAUUAUUUUAAGGUAAGGGCAGGAUCCCUAAUUUGCAAUUUAUACAUGUUACGUAAAUGAAAUACAAAUAUUUAGUGGAAAACUAGUCCUAUAGAUUUUAGAAGAAACUGAAAAGAUUUACAUAAUAAAAAUCAUGCGAACAAUUGUACUUGUAAAUUAUUUUUAGGAGCGGAACAGGGGAAAAUAUUGCACUAAAGGAAAGUGAGAAAGUAGACGGAAGCAAAUGUCUAACCAGAGAAAGAAACGUUUUUAAUAUGUUGUUUGUGUGAGUAGGAAUCAAUAUUUCUGAUAUAUUUUGUUAUGUUUGUCCGCAUUAAUUACACUUGACAAUAGUUUGUAAAUACAUACAUAAAUUUAAAUUAACUCGAUAUGAUUAGAGAAAAUGUAGCAAAUGCCAAAUAUUUGUAACACGAAUGUUGGGUUAACUUAUUCAAAUCAUUUUUCAUAUAAAUAUAUGGUUGCCAUUUACCGCUUAAUUUGAUAGAGCGCGUCAACCACGCCUACGCGCCACUCUUCAAGGUUUACUGAAAUGCGCUUAAGUACCCUCCACUGUUUUGUGCGGCCCACUCGUCGGCCAUGUGAUAGUGGAUAAUUUUUCAUUCUGCCCGUAAAAAGGUCGAGCGGUGUUUCACACUAAUCACGACCGUGGGUGGCCAAUCACUAACGCAACACCUGUUGUUUAAGGAGGGCACCAUCAUUCUUAAACCAAAUUAAAAGUUAUUUUGCGAUAUACGGUGUCUCAGAAGACGACUAUUCAUUGCAAAGAUACUGAAAACCGUUUUAUUCAUGAAUGAAAUCUUAAGUUUACAAAACCCUAACUCGUUUACUUUUAGAGUAGGUGGAAAUUAGGAGAGUCGUGAGGCUUUUAAAGUAUAUCGCUGUGUACAAGCCAAAGACAGAACAUGACCAGAACACUGAUUUCUUAAGAGGCAUAUUUCACAUUGUGCGCGAAACAAGGUUGGCUAAGGGCUUCCUUUCUCCAUAUAUUGAACUAAAUAAUUCCACCAAUUAUCGGAAAUAUUACAGCACUGGGCGUACUAAAUGAACCACUAAGUUGCAAGCGAGUUUUCUCGGCAUUGGUUAAGAAUCGUCUUCUCUAAACUGGCUGAAUGUAGCAUAGUUUUGAAAGAGGUAACCCAACAUAUCGGAUUGCAAUGCUAAUUUGCCUUCUGAACUUAUUUCAAGAACAAUGACUGAAUAGGAAUUUGUUGAAAACAAUGUCUAUGCAUAAGCUUCCAAAAUGUGCAAAUAUAAAAUGAGUAAAUUGGAAAUUCACCUCAAGGAUUUCCAUGAAAUGAAAGUAUCGUAUUUUUCGCUUUCCCAACAGAUUGGUUGUUUGAGUUGUUGAGAAAUUGCUUUUUGAUAAACACUAUCUACUAACAAAUACAAAUAAUUCUGAAGUCUUACCGAAACUAUCUGCAUUGGCAUUAAUAUUUGCAUAAUAGCUUCUAAGAGAAUAUUACAUGCAAUUGUUAUAGUUCCCUUAACAUGAUUUGGUUUUCUGUAAAUAUCACAUUUCAAUAGAUGAACUAGAAGGAAAAUCCGGAAGAAAAUUCGAGAAACAUUCAUAGAGAAAACUGAGAAGUAUGUAGUUAUAAAUAAGGUGCAAACUUUCAAAGAUAAUAUAGUAAAUCAAAGAAUCCCAAAGUAAAUGUCGAAAGUACAAUACUUUGACAAAAUGCUAUUAAAUUCUAAUAACUGUAGAGUAACGAUGAAAUCAACAUUGAGAAGAGAAGAUCAAGUAAGUGGACGUAGUAGCGACAAAAUUGUAGUUAUGUUCUUAUUUUGUUCACAGUCAUAUGCAUAUAUAUACAUAAUUUGUGACGCUGGCGUUACAUUUCUUUCCUUUUCAUUUGAAUGAUUAAGAAAACUAAAAUCCGAAUUAAUUGACACAAUUAACAUAAAUGAUUAUAAUGAAUCAAUUACUAAUAAAUACUAUGAAAAUGUGAGAAAUAAAUAUUACCAUAACACAAUGAGAAAAGAAAAACGGUAAAAUCAACUGAAAUAAAAUUGAGUGAAAGCAAAAUGACUCAAUUUCCCACUGACUUUUUAUUGGAGCAAAUAUUUUAUCCUAUAUUCACUGUACAUCAAUUUCAGAGACCGAAUCAUUAGCGAAAAUUUGAUAUGUUUUCUUAGUUCAUCAGACGCGAGAGGUAAGAUUAGUUAGAUUCAAUUAAAGUUGAUUCACAUUAACUGCGAA